GUUAUGUUGCCUUUGUCUAUUGUGCAACUCAAACCUACACUUAUUCUUGAGACCCUUAAUCAUCACAACACACUCUUUGUGGAGAAAAGAAACACCAAGUAAUGGCAACACAAGCUCUUCUUUCAUCAUCUCUUGCUUCCUCUGUUGAGACUGCUAGGCAAAUUCUAGGAGCAAGAUCCCUUCAAUCCCCAAUUGGGUCCUCAAGAAAAACAUCCUUUGUUGUUAGGGCAGCCUCUACUCCCCCUGUUAAGCAAGGAGCUGACAGACCCUUGUGGUUUGCUUCCAGACAAAGCCUUUCAUACUUGGAUGGCAGCCUGCCAGGAGACUACGGGUUUGACCCACUUGGACUUUCGGACCCAGAAGGCGCAGGAGUGUUUUUUGAGCCCAAAUGGCUAGCCUAUGGAGAGGUCAUUAACGGGCGGUAUGCCAUGUUGGGUGCAGUUGGCGCUAUUGCACCAGAAAUUCUUGGUAAAGCUGGUCUUAUUCCACCAGAGACAGCUCUCCCUUGGUUCAAAACAGGUGUGAUACCACCAGCUGGAACAUAUGACUAUUGGGCUGACCCAUACACACUCUUUGUUCUGGAAAUGGGUCUCAUGGGCUUCGCCGAACACAGAAGAUAUCAGGACUGGGCCAAUCCCGGAUGCCUGUCCAAGCAAUAUUUCUUGGGACUUGAGAAAUAUUUUGUUGGGACUGGAAAUCCGAUCUACCCGGGAGGCCCAUUGUUUAACCCUCUAGGCCUUGGGAAAGAUGAGAAGUCAAUGAAGGAUUUGAGGCUCAAGGAAGUGAAGAACGGAAGAUUGGCAAUGCUGGCAAUUUUGGGAUACUUCAUUCAAGGGCUUGUUACAGGAGUUGGGCCAUACCAAAACCUGUUGGAUCACUUGGCUGAUCCUGUCCACAACAACCUACUGACUAGCCUUAAAUUCCACUAGAGAGUUUGCUUGUUUAAUCCUUGGAAUCAUCCAAGUCACCCCAUCUUUAUUGCCAUGGCUCCUUUGUCUUGUAAAAUCAUGUGAAAAGUUAUUGUAAUUCUGCAGAAAUGACAUGUUAAUUGCCAAACAAA